AUGUUUGUUGCAACUUCUUCAACAUUAAAUAAUAAUCAUCCACCGUCCUAUAUUGUUGCUGCUACAACAACUACUACAGCAACAACAAACAUUGGAAUUGAUCCAACAACAAGUAGUACUACGCCACAAACAUUAAGUGAUAUUAAACUUAUUUGUUUUCAAAGAAAAAAGAAAACCAAACGUCAUAUAUAUUUAACAUUUGUUGAAAGUUGUCCAUUAUUAUCAACAACUGAAGAACCAUGUAUUGAAAUAAUUCGAAAAUCUAAUUCUUCAUCACAAUCAUUAUCAUAUUCUUUAAAUGAAUGUAUAUCAUAUGAAUAUUUUGAUACAGUUAAAAAUGAUUUUCAUUCAUUUAUUUAUGUUUAUUUUGAAUCUUAUACAAUAUCAAUAUUUUUUUCUGAUGAUAACCUCGAUAAAAAAUCUCUUAUUAUUAAACAUCUUGACCAUAUGUCUCAAAGUAACCUAGAAAAAUCUUCAAACUUAAAUACAAAUUCUUCACAAGAUCCAACACAAUCUCAAUCGUCAUCAUCAACAACAGCAAUACAACAACAACAACAACAACAACAACAACAACAAUCACAACAAACACCUAUUUUACCAUGUUUCACAACAACAGAACAUAUUUUACAUACAUUUGAUGUAAAUUUAAUUCCAUAUGGUUCAAUUAUAAAUCGUGAUCAUAUGUUAAUUGGUCCAGUACGUCUUUAUUUUACAACAACAGAUCUUUAUAUAGCAUCUUUAGAUUGUAAUCGAACUGAUUUAAAAAUUACAAUUACAAAUCAAUGUCCAUCAAAAGAUAAAGCUAUUUUAUGUAUACCAUAUUUUACAAUAAAAAAUUAUGGAAAUCGUUCAAAUAUAUUUCUUAUUGAAUUAGGUAAAUCAAAUUAUGGUAAUGGUGAAAUACAUAUGAAAUGUCAUUCAUCAUCAUUAGCAGGUACAAUACAUUUAUUAGUUAGUCCUGUUAUUGAAGAACGUCCAUUAAUACUUUCAUCAGCAUUUCAAAAUCAACUAUUAACUAAUAAACGUAUGGAAAAAUCGAAAAAUAUUCAACCACCUAUACAACUUAAUAAUGAUACAACAAAUCAAUCGAUAUUAGAUUCACCAUUUUCAUUUAUUAAAAAUAAAAAACCAAUUGAAACAACUGAUAUUAAUUCAAAUAUGACAUCAACAAAAACAAAUGAAAUAAAAUCACAUUUAAUUGUUGGAUUUUUUCGUUCAUUAACAAAAAAUGUUUCAAAUUUAAGACGAUCAGCAACAUUUCAUGGUAAUAAUAAUAAUAGUAAUAAUAAUAAUAGCAAUAAUAAUAGUGAACAAUUAUUAACAAUAGAUAAUAAUUCAUUAUUAAAAAAUAAAUCUGUUGCAUUUAAUGUUGAUGAAAAAUAUCUUCAUAAUGAUCAACAUCAAAUUAUUUUACCUGAAUAUCAAAAACAAACUGAUUCAACAUUAAGUGUUUCAUCAACAAUGACAAAAAGAACUAGUGAAACAAUAUUAACAUCAACAUCAACAAUUAAUACUAAUAAACAAGAAUCAACAAUCGGAACAUAUAUUGAUAUGGGUUUAACCAUGCAACAUUCAGAUCAACAUCAACAACAAGAAACUCAAGAUGAAAUUAUUACAAAAGAAAUAACAGCAACUGCCGAAAUUGGUGUUAAUACUACUAUUAGUCUAUCACCUCAUGUUCGUUCAGCAAUUAUAGUUGGAAAUUCAGUUCAUCUAAUAGCUGAUGAACAUAAUCUUUUUCCUAUCGGUCAACGUUCAUUUACUUCUCCUGCUAGUGUUAUGCAACCAUUUAAAACACAAUUAACUGGUCAAACAAUAACUAAUGGUUACGGAACUUCAUCUGAUUUAAUAACAUCAUCACCAGAUAGUUCAAGUUCUCUUCAACAAACAAAUUCCGUCUCAAAUUCUCAUAAAUCACUUUUACUUUCUUAUGGUAUUGUUACAUUUAAUAAUAAUGAUUGUGUAAAAAAUGAUCAAACUGAACUUGCAACAAGUCCAAUAUCCGAUAGUAUAACAUUUGAUCAUCGUCUUAAUUCAGAUUUAAGUCUUAUGUCAAUAUCUCAACAACAACAACAAGGAUCAACUAUUCAUCCAAUUGAUACAAUAUCAUCAUCAUCAUCAAAUGCACAUAUAUUUCAUACAGUAUCUCUAUCAGCAAAUAGUAUUGGUGGUGAUAUAACACCAUGUCGAAUUCGAAGACCACAUAGUUCAAUAUUAUUAUUUGAUGAUCAUGUUAAUGAUCAAAUAACAACAUAUUUACUUGGACCACCACAAAAUUUAAAUGAUGAUACAAUACAAUCACGUUUACCAUCAUUUAAUUCAACAACAUCUGUAUCACGUUCACAAUUAUCACAUAUUGAUGAAGAAAAAAUUUCAUCAAAUGAUCCAUAUGCAUUAGUUGAACCAUUAUUACAAGAUAGUUCAUCAAAAUCAACAUUAGUAAUUAAUUCAAAUAGUUCAUUACCACAAUCAGAAACAUCUAUAAAUUAUGCUGAUUUACUUAUACCAUCACAUAUAACAAAUGAAUAUUCGGAUAAUAAUGAACAACAAGAACAACAACAACAACAACAAAUAAAUAAUUCGGAUGAUAUUAUUAUAAAUGAAAAUGACACUUAUGAAGAACAAGAUUGUGAAAAUAAUGAACGAUCAUUAACAAAACUUUAUGCAGAUAUUGAUUUUCAACAAACACGACGAUAUGAUCGUAUUGUUCAAUCUGCAGCUAAAGCAAAAUUGGAUGAUCAAACACCACCAUUUGUUCUAUAA